AAAUAAUUAAAAAUUAUUGAAAAACAAAACACAAGAAAAUGGAGGGAUGAAGCAAGGAUGUUGGCACUUUCCCGGUCUUUUUUAUUCUUCCUUGACUUUUAUUUUUAACAAAAAUGAUUUCUUAUCAUUAUUUUGAUAAUAGCAAAGCAUCUUGCUCUUGCUCGAUGAGGUGGAUCCUAAAAGAAGUGCUGCAUUUAGUGUCAAUAGACUGUCUGAUCAUCAUCUACAUGUAAUAUUUCCGGUGGUUUCCAAUCCCUUUCCUGUACUCUAAUAUCUAUGGCUUGGAAAAAUGUCAGGACAAAGUAUUUAUAAGUUUAAAGAUAGGGCUGAACACUCAGCUCCAGUAAUAGGAGGGUCACUCUACCUGUGGGCAGGGGACCAGCUUGAUUUACCUAGAGUACAUGAUUCACCUCAAAAGAGGAAACUGACCUCAACAGUUGAGACAUUUUCCUUUUCAUCAGCUCGCUGGUCCUCUCACCUAACAAGAGGCAUUCCUCCAUUAGGAAUCAUGGGCUACUCCUGUACCACCUUUCAUUCUAAUAUUUAUUAUUAUGCUGGCUGGUGUGGUCAUGGUCAUUGUUACCACAACAGUUUAAAUGUACUAAAUACACUGACAAUGAGCUGGACUCAAUUGCAUCCUAAUGAUGAGUCCAGGAUGAAGAAAGGCUAUGGUGGAAUGCUAUCACUGGAAUUUGAAGGAACUGACUAUCUUUUUAUGGUUGGAGGGAUAGGUACUACACCAGCUGUCAAACAUCUUCAGUUUCAAUAUGAUCAGUUUAGGGAUGGACGUGCUCUCACUAAUGAACAGUUACUUUAUAAUCUAUCUAAUGGACAAUUCACUGUUCCGUCUGUCAGUGGACAGUGUUGUCCACCAACUAGUGGUUUUACAAUCAACAAAAUAAAUCAAAAUAAAGGAAUAAUGUUAGGAGGAACAGUAACUAAUGAUGGUCUAUAUACAGUUACUAAUAAUAUUUACAUAUUUAAUGUGACACAUAAUACAAUACAUUGGGAGAGUAUUAAAGGAUCAAUAUCUGGUGAGGGACUCUGGACUAAGGAGAGAGAUGGUCAUGCUAGUGCUAUUAUCAAUGGUGACUCUACCUCACCGACACUAGUAGUGAUUGGGGGACAGUAUAAGUACAAUCAACUAAUGACUGAAUGUUUAUUAUUUGAUAAUAUCACUACUGGUCAGUUCAGUUGUAAGAAGAUUCCUCUACCUGAAUCUGUUACUGGUAGAUACUUUCACUCACUCACAGCAGUCACAAUGUCACCACACUGUGUGUGGCUAGUAAUUGUUGGAGGAUGUAAAGAGUUUGAAUGGAAAGGAAGAGUGGAGAAGCCAAUAGUUACAUAUAUCACUGAUACUAAUAGACUAACAAUGAUAAUUGAAUUAGUAUAUAUUGAAGCUGGCUCUAAAGUUGAUGGCAAUAAACUAGUUAUUAUGAAUGAGAAAUUGGAAGAGGUUUUACAAGAGAAGCAGAUCAUUACUGAAGAUAAUGAGAAACUGAAAGCUAAAGUUGAUGAUUAUGAAGUUUAUAUAACUGAAAUAGAAGAAGAGAAGAAACAAUCUUACAUGUAG